UAUUCAAUAACACGUGCAACGUUGUUGGUAGUUCGUUUUGUCGAAAAAUAUAUUGAAAUCCUUAAACUCUACUAAACUAAACUUAGCACUUAGUGUUCAAAAUGGUGCGAAGAUUGCGAAGAACUAAAAAAAAUCAAAAGUACAAUUAUAAUAGAAAUCGUAAACGCCUAAAUAAAAAGCUGAACAGCACCGGUGUCAUCAAAUGUCAGGAAAUCAAUCAAGCACUGGAUCGUCGACAAAAACUGACUAGCAACAUUCGUCAGAUGGGUUUGGCGUUCGAUGUUAACAAAGCCAUUCCGGUGCCGAACGCAAAACGCGAACGGCUGCAGGUAGCCAAGUACGUCAACGGAUUUCUUGAGGAAGACAUCGUAAAAUCGGAGAAACCCAAAACCAAACAGUCCAAGCGCAAACUCUCCAAAAUACAUGUUCGCCAUCAACUGGAAAAAGAAGCAAACGAGUACGUGGAGAGUCGUUUUCGGCUGCCAAAAGGGCAGGUUCAAACUAUCACGGAAUUCAUCGAUGCCCACGGUUUUAACUACAAGGCUAUGGCUCGGGACAGGAGAAACUAUUACCAGGACACGUGGCGUCAAAUGCGACAAAAAGUUCGCAAGUUCUUGUCCAUCCCGGAACAGUGUACGCCGUAUCUGGAGCGAAAAGGCUGGCUCGACUGUGAUAUGGAGGACCCAAACGAUCCGCGGUGGAAAGAAUACUGUACCGAUGACGAGGAAUGUUAGAAAAUGUAAAAUAUAUUUUUUGUCUAUA